AUGGGGAAGGAAAAUGCUCUACCACCAGCGGCACGAGGGGCGAUUUGUGAUAUCGAUGUCGGUGGAGCCGCACCAAUUGCGCAAAGAGUCCGUCCGGUCGCACCCAAAUAUCGGGAGAAGCUGUCAGAUCUCAUCAAAGGACUGUUGGCAGACAAGAUCGUUCAGCCAUCCACGUCAACUUGGGCGUCUCCGAUAGUGGUGAUCAUCAAGAAGAACGGAGUGGACAUUCGCCUUUGCAUUGAUUAUCGAAGAGUGAACCAGCUGACGCGACUGAUGGUUUAUCCCAUGCCGUUGAUCAGCGAUCUGCUGGAAGAUCUGGAUAAAGCUCUAUGGUACUGUUCGCUAGACAUGGCUAGUGGAUUCUGGGUCGUCGAAAUGAACGGUCAACGGAGUCGGAUCGAAUCCACUCAUGAAACAAAUCUAUCGUCGAAGGAUAACGAUCGUGAGAUCGAAACCGAGAUCGCGAUGAGAAGAGAUCACGGGACCGAACGAGAAGAACAAGACAACAGACUGUCUUCAUUGGACGUCAAUCUUGCAGACAACCGAACAGGAAUAGAUCGGUCCGAGGCGACGCAAAGAUCUAAAGAGGACAAGCCGUCUAAGAUCGACGAAGCUGACUCCGCAGAAGCACCAGUCUACUAUCACGAGAGUGGAGGUUUGUUUGCCGACGACAUCGAGCAACACCUGGCGGUGUUACAAGAGAUGUCCACUGCUACGGAAGAAGUGACAAUUAACGACAUUCAGAUCGGCGAUCCGGACGUUCCUCUCACCGCAGAUCAACAAAGACUCAGAUCGCUGAUUUGGAGGAGCCGUCACCUUCUUAUGGGGAAGGAAAAUGCUCUACCACCAGCGGCACGAGGGGCGAUUUGUGAUAUCGAUGUCGGUGGAGCCGCACCAAUUGCGCAAAGAGUCCGUCCGGUCGCACCCAAAUAUCGGGAGAAGCUGUCAGAUCUCAUCAAAAGGACUGUUGGCAGACAAGAUCGUUCAGCCAUCCACGUCAACUUGGGCGUCUCCGAUAGUGGUGAUCAUCAAGAAGAACGGAGUGGACAUUCGCCUUUGCAUUGA